AUGCGGGCACCGGGCACAGACUACCGGGCAUCGCCUGCUGGGGUGUACCGGGGACUCUGGGUACCGGGGGCACCAGGUACCGGCAGCUGCGGCAACUGGUGCUCCUACACGGUGACACGGACGGUGUCGUGCCACGUCCAGAACGGGACCUUCCUCCAGAGGGUGUUCCAGGGCUGCCGCUGGCCCCUGGCCUGCAGCGGGGGCAGCUACCGCGCCGUGAUCCGGCCCCUCUACAGGGUGAGCUACAGGACACUGACGGCGCUGGAAUGGCGCUGCUGCCCCGGACACGCCGGAGCCAACUGCGAGGAAGAGGCUCACACCUUGCUCACCCUGCGCGACCCCGGGCGCCCCAACACAGCCCUGCGCCGGUCCCCCCUGCACCCCACGGCCUUCUCAGGGUGCCUGAACUGCAGCCGUGUGGGGGAGCUCACAGCCCGGCUCGCCACCCUCGAGGCGCAGGUGGCCCGGCUGGCUGUGGCCGAGCCCCCCACCCCAGCAGCACCCAAAGGCAGCAGCCUGGGCAGGGGUCCCGAGGCCGGGCAGCUCUGGGGGUCCCCGGCCGCCCGUGGGAGCCCUGGGGAUGACGGGAGAUCCGGCUGGAGGGGCCCCCCCGGCCCCAAGGGCGACGUGGGAGGACGGGGACCCUCGGGAAUUCCUGGAGUGAAGGGUCCAGUGGGACCACCAGGUCCCCCCGGCCCCCCAGGACCACCGGGCCGGGAUGGAGCCAGGGGGCUCCCCGGAGAGAAGGGGCUACCCGGGCCCCCCGGCCCCCCCGGCCCCCCUGCCCCUGUGGGGCCAGCGAUUCCCCGACUGGCCGAGCCCAGGGACUCUGUCCUCUCCAACACCUUCACUGAAGCCACCAGGAGCAUCGUGGGUCCCAUGGGACCUCCCGGACCCGUGGGGCCAAUGGGUCCCCCCGGCCCCCCAGGUCCCACUGGUCCCCCCGGGCCCCCAGGACCCGAUGGUCCCCAGGGCCACCCGGGCAGCCGCGGGCAGGACGGGGCACAGGGCGAGCCGGGCCCCCGGGGUGAGCCGGGUGAGAAGGGCACGUGGGGGGAGGGUUUGCACCAGCUCCGCGAGGCACUGAAGAUUUUAGCGGAGAGGGUUUUAAUCUUGGAAACAAUGAUUGGGCUCUACGAGCCAGAGCCCGGCUCGGGCAGUGGUGCCACCAGCACGGCGACCCCCGGGGUGCCCCGUGGCAAGCGUGGCAGUGGCCAGCCCCCGUACCGCAUCGUCACCUCCCCCCGCCGGGCGCCCCCAGAGCCCCCAUGGCGUCACGUGCUAGCUAGUGACCUCACAUGCCAGGAAGGGCCGUCGGGCGACCGCGUGACACCCAGGGCAUGCCGCGUGCCGCUGGGCACGGUGCGUGACGUCACAGCGGCCCCGAACCGUCCGCUACGCCGAAAUGACAUCACUACGCCGCCCGUGACGUCACGGCCCGUCGCGCCUCCCGCUCCGCCUCGCGGCCCGAGCGCCUCUUGCGCGACGGUCCCUAACGGCCGCGGGCCGUACCAUCCCACCGCCCGGCGGGGGGGGGGAGCGCCCAGCGAGGCGGCAGAAACGCGCUCCGGAGCGGCGGCCGCCGCCCGCGGGGCCGUCCUGGUUCUCCGGGGACCGUAA